CUUGGCCGGCCACAGCACCGAAACAUCGCCCAGACACAAGCUCCCGGCUGCCCUGCCCAGGCCGCUGUUGCGCUAUCGCUCCGUCUCUCGCCUUUGAUAUCCCUCUAUUGCCGCACCCGUCCGCAUGGCUGCCGCCGCCCUCGCUGCCCAGCUGCUCUCCUACAACGUCCCGGAGCUGCGGCUCGAUCGGGACGUGCUGACCAAGACCAUCCGCACUUCGACCGAGGUUGCCUCGGCCCAAGCGCGAGAGUGGGGCAUCUUUGUCGUCAAGACCGCUCUUGUACCUGGCUGGGCUCCGUUCCAAAAGGCAGACGCUGACUCACAAGUUACCACCCGAGCACCUCUUGCGACGCUGCUCUCGUCGAUCCGCCAGGCCCUGAUUGCCGACCUCAACGAGCCCGGCGACUGGGCCGAGAACAUCUCGACCCUGGCACGAACCUGGAUUCAGUCGACCCCGCCAAAGCUCGACCGUCCCACCGACCUGGACCAGUCCCUCCGUUUGGAUCUCCAGUAUGAACGAUCGCUGUCCAGCCCGCGCUACCUUGGCUCCAAGCACGCUCCUGUCUAUGAGCUCAUCCACAAUGUCAUCAAGGAGCGGUCGGGAUACAUCCUCAAGACCGAAUACUUCAAGUUGCUCCGGAUCCACCAAGCUGCCCUUGACGCUCCCGUAUCCUCAAAGUUCCCAAAGCUACCGGUCAUUGGGCCUGCACAACUCGAACUGGAGCACUCAAGCCUGAAGGAAAAGUGGACCCGGAUCGAGUCAGUCGUAAACGACGAGCUGGUCCAUGGCCUUGAGGAUGCCUGGAAGCUCGCACACCAGGCAUUCGACUGUCUGCUGACGACGACCAGCCGACAGAAGGAUCUGCGCGGCAAGAGUAUCGGCCGAGCCGCUAAGGAGUUCACCAGUCAACACAAGGACGAGUUGCAGUCCUUUGACGACUACUGGGCCGCCGUUUCGGACCGGUUCAAAAAGAAGGGUGGCAGGGGCAAGCUGGAUGGCUCCUUGACGAUCGACGAGCUUGACGGUGCUCUCGACGCCUACGUCACGGCCCAGAUCAAGAUGAUCCGGGACUAUGACGAGGACGUCCUGGGCGGGGCCAUGGCCGAGUCUCAACAGAUCCUCAAGAACUUUGAGCAGACCUAUCUCCGGAUCCUGAGCGAGGUUGAGAACAAGCAGACGCAUCAAGACUCCCAGUUCUUCCAGCGCCUGCUCAAGUCACGACAGAUCGUCGUGGCGGCCGUGCCCAAGAUCGCGCUGUCGAUGAGCCGCUUUACGGAGCAGCUGCAGGCCGAGCACCAGGAGCUGGCAGCAAAGCUGGAGGCCCUCAAGCAAGCAUACUACAGCGAAUCAUCGGCAACGAUUGCUGGGCGCCUCGAAAAGUGUGCCAACAGGGAGUUCAAGAAGCGCACCAAGGAUAUCGAAAGCGAGAUUGCGCGGCGGCGCACCGAGCGGCAGACGCAGAUCGUCUCAGUGUGCGUGCCCAUGAAGGACCUCACCGAUGCUUGUCUGCCGAUCCUGGAGCUGACCCUGGAAGAGUGCGAGAGCUACGAGGCCGAGUUCUUGGCCGGCUACAACGCCUCGUACCAGACGCAGACGGCCGAGUGGAUGCAGAAGAAGGACGAGGUCAUGGACCGUGUCGAGCUGUCAGUGGCUGUGGGCAUGAUCGAAGUUGCCAAGGCCAUGGCGGCGCUGUUCUUCAAGGAGGGAAGACGCCUGGUUGAGGAGAUCCUGUCGAUGAAGGCAGAGAGGAAGCUGCUGGGGACGCCGACCAAGAACGACUCGCCUACAGCCGCGGCAACCGAGCCCGGUACCGAGGGCAGCGACAAGAAAAAGUCCAAGAAGAAGAAGAAGAAGGCUGGGACGCCUGCAUCUGCCGACGCACUUGCAGACUCCGAAGUGCUGGCCCUGUCGGUGACCGGCGAUGACGACGGCGAAUCAAUGCAGGCAAGCAUCCGCAGCGACGCGGGCGACCUCAAUAUCGACACUGACCUUGUCGUCAUCAACAACGGCGAUGUGGCCUCGCAGAGCCCGCUGCAGGAGCUGCCGCCUGGACUCGGUGGCCAGGGCAGCUCGGCUUCGUCGCCUCCCAAGGCCACGCACCCGUCCCUCAAGUUUGUCCAGCAGCAGAUUCAGCAGCGGCAGCAAAUGUUCAGCCAGCAGCCCGGCAGCAGCGCAGUGACCGGAGCGCCCCCUGCGCCGGGCUUCGGCCCAGUCCCGUCCCAAACCGAAUCCCUGGCCGACUUUGACACGCUCGAGGGCGUCAACAACCCGUACUUCCGGCCUCCGCCUGGGACGUUCUAUCCGCCCAACCACAUCGCCCCGGUGGUUCCAGGAGUGUCGGUUCCCAUCAGCGGCUCGGCGUCAGCGCCGUCCGCGGUGUCGACGCAAAUGAUCCUGCGUGAAAUGGCGAUCCUUCGUGAAGAGAACCGACUGCUCAAGCAGGAGAUGGCCGCCGCCCUGGCAUCGAACAAGAUGCUUGUGGAGGAGUCUCACCGGCUCAAGAACGAACUGGGCGUGUUGCUGACCGAGAACCAGAUGCUGGCCGUCAAGUUGCGCGAGUCGAUGGCCUCGGAAGCGUAUCUUCAAGCCCAGCGACCCGAGCGGCCCCUGCCGCAAGGAACAGGCCUCGGCGGUGAUGGCCGCAUCCCGCCGCUGAGUCGCAGCACCUCGGCGUCUACCACCGCAUCGGCCGACCGCGAGCGAGCAGCGGGCUGGCGAAGCCGGGACCGAGGCCACACCCCAAGAGAUCCCAGCAGCGGCGGUGGCUCUCCGGCGACAGGCAGCAGCAGCAGCAGUAGCAAGCCCACCGAUGGUCGCCCGACCCGCGGCGGCCGCCCGACACAAGUGAUCCGAUGCAGCAACUGCGGCCUCAGUGGACACGAGUCGACGACAUGCACGGCGGGCUGCCGGUACUGCGAGGCGCGAGACCAUCUGAGCGAACACUGCCCGGGCAACCGGGGAUGAACGCGAGGGAAGCAGACAGAUGCCGUGCUUUGCCAGACGGUCAUGAUCGUGGGAAGUGGGUGUCGACGCUGGGCAUUCGGUGGGCAUGUGCGCGAUGUUGUAUGGAACGAUGAAUGUGAAAUGGUCAUGGUCGUGAAAUGAAUGAAUGGAUAUGAAUGUGGAUAUGAA